AUGGCCUCUUCGUCUAGGAAAUUAAGUGAUUACACAGACUUGUUAUUCAGGAAACGAAUGCAGAAUCGGGCAUUAUCAGACUCGGAUUGUACGAGACGAUUUAGUACAUACAGCAAUAGUGUUCAACCCCAAUUUCGCAGUAGACAUUUCAGUAUAGACGAGGAAUCCACAAAUCCUAUAACUUCAUACAGAAAAACGAAAAAAUCUAAUUCUAUACCAGCAUUAAAAAUGACAGAUGAUAGUUUGAGCAAAUCAAGGUUAAAUAUAACCAUUCCUCAAUUUUCGAAAAAGAAACUUUUGAAGACACGUUCUACUCAGAAUUUCGGAUUAUUUCCACCAAGAAAGGUUUCCCGACAACAGGUAGUCGGUAGGCCAUUUCUCCGACAGGGGAGACUUCUUCGCCGCGUUCGAUCCGAGAAUAAUGUGAUUCCGGCUCCACCCUUUCUAAACAGAAUUCUGCCCCUUGUCAGGUUCCGCCGAGUCGUAAAGACUGUCCAGGUGUUGUUACGAGCAACGUUGACCAACAGACAGACCCAUCGAACAGAUGCCAAGUAUCUUUCUUGGGCACACGAUGACUUCUCGUCUUCCAAGAGAACUUACGAGAUGUUCGGCCUCAGUUUCGAUCCAAGUGACUACAGAGCGAAAAAAGAGGUUUACCUUAGCAAUGAGGCUAAGGUUAUCCUAUCUAUGGAUCCGAGGGACAGAACUGAUGACCACCUGAAAGUGGCACUUCUUGCUCUCAACAAUGCUGUAGAGGCAUUCGGAGAAUUCCCAAUCACUAUGCAACGAUCCCUAGUCCGAGUCGGCUGGUAUGAAUGUUUUGAAGACAAACGCGUUAUCAUUCGUCAAGGUCAUAUGGCGGACAAUUUCUAUUUCAUCUUGUCUGGUACAGCGGUUGUGACGAUAUUGGAAACAGAUCCAGAGACGAAAGAGCAGCUUGUACGCACAGCAGCACUUCUCGGCAAGGGUAAUAGUUUUGGGGAGCUCGCGUUAAUGCACGGCGCCAAAAGGAGCGCGACUGUGACGUGUAAAAACAGCGUGGAAUUACUGGCGGUGGGCAGGGAUGACUUUAUCGAUAUAUUUAUGCCAGUGGAGAAGGACCAGGAGCCAGAACAUAUUCGCUUUCUCCGUUCAGUCAUCUUACUGAAGGGCUGGCCCAUUGUUAGACUUCCCUACCAUGACCCAAAGAUAUGCUGCUUCACGUAUUUCCGGCGAGGGCUACUCCUUUGUAAAGACAGUAAUACCUCUGAAUGGGUUUAUGUAAUUAAAACUGGUACGUGCCGGGUCCUGAAGGCGCUGCAGACCACACGACCAAACAUUCCUGGACUGGAACCGAAUCUAAAGAAACACGAAAAACCAUUAAAGUUACCUCCCAUUACCCAGUCACAAUCACUUACGUCACCAUCAAUAACACCUACGUCAUCAGUAGACUUCUGUUCUCCGAGAUCCCCUCGGAAUUCCUCCAGUGAAGGACAUAUACCAAAGAAGUUCCGAAAGUGUACGACGGAAACAAUGGCGAAUCUCUUCUCAAAAAAAUCAAAAGAAGAACGACUUUCAACGGCAGAUCAUAAACGUAGAAUUGAUCGAGUGUACGAAAAAACACAUGCAAGUCAUUAUAGAAAAGGAAAAGAACGUCUACCCAGCCUGAGGGACCUAGAAAGCAUUCCCAGCAGUUCUGAACUCAACAAACAACCAGACACAGUGUUUGUGCAAAUACAGAAACUAGGGCCAAGAGAGACAUAUGGCCUGGAGCAGGUCGCCUUCGGAAUGAUCGGUAAAACGACAAGCACGAUAUUAGUAUCAGAGGGAGCAGAGUGUAUCCUUAUAAACAGAAAGUUUUUCAAACAAUAUCUCACAGACGAAGAAGCCAAACGGAUACGACACACGUUGCAGCCGAUUCCAUCCGAGGAGAGUUUACAGCAGAAAUUACAGGAUAAGACAAACUGGGAAGCGUAUAAAGCAUUAACAGUGGUGUCACAUCUACUUUACAAACGUCAAGAGGAAAACAAUGCUAGUGUGUUUUACUGAAACUCAACAUGGGACGCUGUGACCAUCAAUACAAUUCAGCAUACAUUGUCAUGCUGGAUACAAACUGAACAUAUCGGCAACAUCCUUCUCCAAAUAGACUCCAAGAAAUAGCAUGAUUUUGUUCAUUGCUUACGCAGUUCUUAGGAAAACGUU